ACGUCCAUCGAGGUCGUCCUGCUACUCGGGUCGUUCCUACUGUUAGGGUUGUUGAGGUCCUGCCAUAUGAGAGCAGUGUUUCCGGGUCUUGGCUCAUUGUUCUAUUGUCUUUUGUUCCCAUUCAUCUUGGCUGCAGGUAUUCAAGUCUGGACUACUGCCUGCUGACGCUCUUUUUGCGACAUUGGUAUUGUCGGUCACUUUCUUUCAGGAAACACAAAUAUCGAGCUUACCCCUACAUCUCGGGGGAAGCUGCUAAAAUUUCAGCUUCUAUUCUUGUGCUAUCUUUAAUCCUUGCAUUUCUUGCCCAUCGCAUUCGUUGCAUAUCAAUUCUUCAGGCUGGCCCUGGUCUAAUCGCUCUUUUCUUUCGUUGUU